AUGAAUCCUACGACUCAGCAGCCAAUGACUGAGCUGGAGUUACUGAGGAUGCAGAUGAAUCAGAAGACCGAUGAGACACUCGACAGUACGAGGAAUAUGGUCCGUAUAUGUGACGAGAGUACAAAAGUUGGUGCCCAAACUCUUGGGAUGUUACACUCUCAGGGUGACCAACUUAGAGGAAUCGAUUCUAAUAUGGAUAAUAUUCGUGAAGAUCUAAAAGAAGCACAACGUGAUCUUGAUGAAAUAGACAAGUGUUGUGGUUUAUGCGUUUUACCAUGGAGAAAAGUAAAGAGUGACGUCAAAGCACCAAAGUAUGCAUCAAAUGCAAAUGGACAUCUUGCAGGAGUUAAUAAUUAUUCUAAUUAUCAAACUGGUAAUCCUUAUGGAAAUGCAUAUCAAACACAAGGAGGUAAUCAAUUACAAGGAGGACAACCAGUAUCCGGACCAUUUAUCAACAGAAUCACUAAUGAUGCCCGUGAAGAUGAAAUGGAGCAGAAUUUACAACAAGUCUCUGGUAUGGUUACACAGCUUCACUCUAUGGCUACUGAUAUGAAUCAAGAAAUAACUACACAUAAUAAAAUCCUUGAUCGUAUAGAUCAGAAGGCGCAACAUAAUCAAGCUGAGUUAUUUCUUGCUCAAAAGAAAGCGAAUCAAAUUUUGGGGCAAUCGUCGAAGCCGUCCGACAGUAAUAUCCUACCGUCUGGUGCAGGUUUAACAGCUGCAAAAUUAAUGAUGAAUUAA